AUGGUGGGCAUGCUACUAGUCCUGGUCGCAGGACUUGCUGGAUCUACAUGCGCCCACCCAAAAAGGACAAUUCCUCGGAGGACGAACUACCAUGACAAUGCAGGAGUCCUCGACUUUGUUAAUCCCGGUAUCGGUACCUAUGGAACGACACCAAAUGGAAACGGCGGCAUGAUCCCAUCGGUCUGUCCUCCGUUCGGAAUGACGCGGUGGACACCGCAGACGCGAGAAAACUUCAUUUCUCAGGUUCCGUAUGGUGAUAGUGACCGUCUGAUUCAUGGAUUCCAGGCGACUCACCAACCUGCGAUUUGGAUGGGCGAGUCAGGUCAGAUUGUCCUGACCCCAGGUAUGGGUGAUGUUCAACCGUUGUUUGAAAAUCGCGGGUUGGAGUUCCGCAAACAAGAUGAACGGAGUACACCGUACGUCUAUGAGGUUUUGGUCAAUGCCACUCAGGUUCUGAAUCGUGAUUGGAAUGCCACGGCCGAGGCUGUUGGUGAUGGGGAGGUUCCUGGGGGUGCAGGAUCGGUGCCUGGCCAGGUGAAGGAUGGUGCCAAUGGACGGACACGAAAACGUGAAAUAGAAUCGACUCUUCGGGCACAGUCUGAUGAGAACGACAAGCCUUCGAUUCAGAUUGCCCUGUCAGCAGAUGCCCACGUUGGUCACCUUCGCUUCGACUUCCAAAGCAACGACGAAGCUCAUGAUCCUUGGGUCUUCAUUCAAGCGUCCCGUCGGAACUGGACUGGUGAAGUCCACAUUGACCCAAAGAAUAGAGAAAUUUCCGGUUACAACACAGAGCGCCAGGACUAUCUCCUCGGGCCUGACAAAGCACCGUCAUUCAAGGGGUACUUUGUGUCUCGCUUUUCCGAACCCUUUACCAAGUAUGGAGUUGCGAACGGCGGCUCUCUGACCGAGAAUGAGAGUCAGCGACAUGGAAACUUCACUGGCGCAUACGUCAAGUUUAGCAAGAAGACCUCGCGCGUAGAAGUACGGACGGGCGUCUCAUAUGUCAGUAUUACGCAGGCUCGGAAGAACCUGGAAAUCGAGGCCCCAGAUGGACACACAUUCGAGGAUACUGUCGAUAAAGUGAAGUCUGCCUGGUUGGAGAAGCUCGGUCGAGUAUCGAUCAAGGGCGUGAACAAAACCGACUCAGACCAUGAUCCUCGAACGAUCUGGUAUACCGGACUAUUCCAUGCACUCCAAUACCCAAAUGACUUUUCCGAGCCCACAUCAAAGGAGGAUGGCGCCCCAAGAAUCUUUUACUCCGGUUAUACUGAUAGCGUUCACACUGAGAGCGACUCUUACUAUCAGUCUUGGUCAAUCUGGGAUACGUACAGGGCCGAGCACUCAGUUCUCACUUUGUUUGCUCCAGAACGAGUCAACAGCAUGAUGCGCUCGCUAAUUCGCAUCUUCGAUUGGACAGGCUGGUUGCCGAUGUGGGCAAACCUUGUCGAGACGAACAUCAUGAUCGCAACAAAUGCAGACGCCGUCCUCGCAAAUGCACUAGAGCGUGGAUUUAAAGACUUUGACAUUUCCAAAGCUUGGAAAGCCGUCAAAAAGGAUGCAUAUACCCCACCAGACCAUGACACUGAGCUGCUGUACUAUGACCGCGAGCCGGGUACGUCGUACGAGGCCCGCGCUGGUCUAACGGCAUAUAUGAAGCAGGGCUGGGUCUCGAAUGACGGAUGGUCCGAAGCGGGUAGUCGGACCUUGGAUUACGCUUUCGAUGAUUAUGCCUGCUCAGUUGUUGCUGCACAUGCUGGUGUGGACAACGCUACUGUGGCUGCACUGCAACAGCGAAGCCAAAAUUACGCUUCUAUCUGGAACAAUGAGACGCAAUUCAUGCAAGCUCGUAAUGCGAACGGGAGCUGGGCGAACAAUACCUGGGGCUGGACGGAGGGGGAUGAUUGGGUAUACACGUUCGAUGUUAUGCAUGAUGUGAAGGGCUUGGCUGCACUAUUCGGUGGACGUGAAGCUCUGCGAGAUAAGUUGGAUGCUCAUUUCAAGGGUGGUCAUAAUGACCAUACCAAUGAACCGAGUCAUCAUGUGCCGUAUCUCUACUCUGUUAUUGGAUACCCCAGCCAGGCCGCUGAGACCAUCAGAGAAAUCGCCUGGUCGAAUUAUAAUACCACCAGUGGUGGACUGGGCGGAAAUGAGGACUUGGGCCAGAUGAGCGCCUGGUACGUCUUCUCAGCUCUGGGCUUCUAUCCCGUCAACCCCGCCAGCGAGGAGUAUAUUGUCGGCACGCCACUCUUCGAACACGUGUCCAUUCGUUUCCCUAGCGGAGCCAGAACUGGUGGACGGAAUCCGCAUGGAAAAGAGAAAACACUGGAGAUUGUCGCCCCGGGCGCAUCCACUAUGUCAUAUAUCAAGAGCUUGAUGGUCGACGGCAAGGCCGUUACCUCUCCAGUCUUGAAGCAUGGUCAGCUCGUGCAGGCAAGAAAGAUUGAGUUUGAGAUGAGCGCGACUCCAACUUCAUGGGGGAACAAGCCUCUUUGGUGA